UUGAUGCUGAGAUAGUACAGGUACAUAGGAAUACAGAAGGAUUGGCCUUCACACGUUCUAAUAUGGCAUCCUAUAUUUUUCAUCAGGUUUUACAGCUGUAACUGAUCGUCAGGUUUCUAAUACAAAGAGCACCAGCUUCUCUCCACAUGUUUUACUUCCAACUUCAUCCCCGUAUAAAUUUGUCUCCGAGCCAAGCUGGGUAAAGGAAAACAGAAUUUUCAGUGUAGUAAAACUGAGAACUUCAGAAGAGGAGUCUACAGAGCGUUUCAAGAUUGUUGUUUUUGUUUUUCAAUUUUUUUUCCAAGUUGAACUACGUUUCUUCUACCUAUAACAUCAUGGCGGUCGGAGUGCAGUUGUUUAUUUCCGCGGUGAGUUUGGCGAUGGUCCGGGGCCUUUCCCCUUACUGCACGCCCGCUCAGAAUACUAUUGGUAAACCUUUGCCAAAUUUGAGCAUGAAAUCGUUCCGUACCGAGAUCGCAGGCAAGAACAUCAUUAAAAAAUACUCUCAGUACUCCAGGGAGACGUUUGAUCAACCGAGCAAAAGACUCGCUAUUUACACACAAACUCCCCCGGACAACGAGUACACGGCCAUCACGGACGGCGUGGAGCAAAGGAUGAUCGUUAUCAAAAACCGGGAGUGUCAGGUGCUGAGUGGCGCUGCUAUCGACGCUCCUUUCAGCGCCAACGACGGCACCAGCACGUUCUCCACGACCAGCGUCCUACAGCUGGGUGGUAAGACGACGUAUGUGGGACAGACUACCGUGAGGGGGAUCAAAGUUGACCACUGGACAAAGUGCGCCUACAUAUCUGCUUCCAACUCUACCGUCACGUUUGACAUUUAUCUCUCCGAUCCGGAUUGGAGCAUGCCGUCAGGCCUCCCUAUCCCCACCCCGGUCCGGUACGAGAUGAAGGGAAAGACUGGCUCGGGCACCGACCUGCAAGAUGAGCAUCAAGUUUUUGACUACAUCAACUUUGAACUUCUCGACACCAAAAAGUAUGAGAGCGAUUUCGAGAUCCCUGUCGGCGUCUACUGCCCGGGUGUCUCGGCCACCAAGAGCCCCCCCCAAAUGCCUCGCUCCGUGUCUUAUAUGUCAGAGCUUAAGAAUAUACGUAUUUCUCACGUCUCUCUGACCAAGGUCCUUUACGACACGGAUGACCAGUUUUCCCGCGAAGACAAGCUGAAUUUACCGGACAACACUUUUUAUGGCGAUCCGAAGAACGCUCAAAGCUCUUCUCUCACAAACGUCCGGGACUUUGCCGAAGGUGUCAAGUACGAGGUGCGGGAAGACGGAUCCUGCGUCUCCUCCGUGUUCAACGCCUUGGUGAAAGCUAAGGGGAACGACGGCCUGCCUUACCUUGACGACGAGAGCGUCUCCCCCCAGGACGGAUACGUCCACAUGAAGACCGUCCAGGACUUCUUCCACGCGGACGGUGGUCACUUCAACUAUGACAAGGCAGCGGAAGUGAGAGGCAUCAAGAGCGAUAUGUUCACAAAGAAUGUAAAUUCUACCUAUGGAGACGAUGGUGUCCACUCUCAGGUCCAACUCUACUUCUCGGCAAAUCAGACAACGCAGAGCACAUAUGGUGCAUCACACCUGGUUGAGAGCCAGCUCCUAAGGAGAGCCACUAUGAAUCAAAAUUUACCAAUGAUUGAGGACAUCUAUGACUUUAUCCCCAACCCACAGUACUCACAAAAUCCUUUCGACAUUCGCUCCUGUUUUAACGAUUCCCAGAAGCUGAACUUCCACAUGGUCCUACGCGGCCCCAACAUGUCAUCCUCUGACGUCAGUGUUGUGGGUCGUGUCCUCAGCCGGAAACUGGCUGUCAUGGCGCAAGUCAGUCGUGCUCGCAUCCACUGGGAUCAGGUCGUCUAUGAGGAUGGCUUGACCAAUGUGAUGGGCACGCUCAUGGACCGAGGUCCGGCCAGAGACAACUACGGUCCCGCGACUGGCAAGAUGGUGGACUUGAGCAAAGUACCCAUCAGUAAUCAGAAACAGGUAGUUCAGUUGCCCACAGACGACAGUACCAUGGCUUCCCUAAGUCCAGAUUUCUGUGCCAGGGUCUGUAACGGUCAGAAGUACCAAACAACCGUUACUAAGUGUGACAGCUUCGACUUCUGUCCGGGAAAGUGCCUGUUCUACUGGGGUCACAACCAAGGUGACGUCACGAAGGACUACUACCUCAAACCGGCGUCUGGCUGCAAUCACUACCACAAGCUUGUAAAUGUCAAACCGGAGCCGGACCUCAAAAAGGCCUGGUCACUCCUCAGGUCGGCAGUCUUCAGUAACCAGGUCAACAUCACGAUCAACGGCUCCGACUCAGGGCUCAAUCAUACCUACACCGCCUUCUCCGUCCGGGACCUCAGCACAGAGCUGCAGGGCGUCACAAACGUGGAAUCCCCGCUUCACAACUAUUUCAUUCUUCCAAAUGCUGACAUCAGCACAGGAGAAACGAGAACCGCAAACGACGAAGAUGAGUGCGCUACCGCCUGUUCUAACAGUCUACUCCCGCGCUGCGAGUCGUUCACCUACUGCAACACAAAGCAAAAGUGUCUGAUAAGGGAGGAGAAGCCAAAAGUGCAGAACAGCCCAGCCAUAGACUGCAAAACGUAUGUACGCACGUACUUGGCGUAUUUCGAAAAACUUCCGGGAAAAUCAGUUCUCAGUGAACUGGCUGCCAAAACUUUUACCACAGUGACAGACUCGGAAGAGUGCGCGCGCAAAUGUAAGAAUGAGAAGAGCUUCUGGUGUGAGUCUUUCGACUUCUGUUCCGAUAAUGGAGGCACGUGCGCAUUGAGCAAAACUCACUAUUACACAACAAGGCCGAACUCCGUCAAGAAAAGCCCAACGUGCACGCACUACUCUAGAAACUAUCUCUUCGACUACCAGAAAUCGCCGAGCCCGGUGCAGAACCCGGGCAACACAACCACAGCACUCCAUGACGUCAGUCUGUCCGAAUGCGCCGCCUCGUGCUCUCGGAGCCACGGGGCGUGUAGAACAUUUUACUUCUGUCCGGACACCAAAUCAUGUUUGAUCUCAGGCCCCUCAGACUCGGCGCAAGUCUCCGGCGCUCAAAGCGGAUUCUGUGACGUGUACAAUCAGAAUAGAGGAGUGUCUAGUGCGUCUGCGCUGUCCGGCACUGGCAGAGGUGGUGGUGGUGGUAGCGACGGUUACUCCCAGGCUUCUAUGGCAGGUCUGGGUGUGGGCAUGAUCGUGCUGGGUGUGUUGUUGGCGGUUCUGGGCCUGUUUCUGGCAGCACAUCUAAAAAUAGGUCGAAUGGGCAGGGCCGACAAUUCUUUUUCCAUGGAGGAGCUGAAGGACUGAGCUGACAGCCGACGAGAAUGAACUUACUACGUCAAGGUUUUGUGUUUAUGUGUGUCUGUGGAAGGGGGGGAGGGGGGUUACAAUAAUAUUAUGUGUUGCGUGUGUUUAUGAUGUGUUGUGUUGUAUUGCGUAUGCGUACACCUCGUAUAUGUGUG